CACAGCAACACACGUGGCAUCACUUGUAACAUGGAAACUCCGGCGGUCACUGAGACUGCUUGACCCGAUGCAGUCUCAACCUGAUGCUGUGUUCCUCUGAGACAUGUUGGCGUAGUCCCUGGAUUAUGCCGAGCGCCUUCACAAGUUCGGUCAUCUAUCCGCCCCACCCCCCUUUUCAUUUUGGCGUAUUACACUUUCCCGCCCCAGUGAUCCCUAGACCUGGCUUCUAUCCUGAGGAUCACAAAACCUCUUGUCUACUGGAAGUGACAUCAUUUUGUUUCAGACCCUUCGCGCUUCAAAGCGCCGAGCAAGUCACCCAUCUGUGCAUGUCGUGUCUAGAAAUGCUGCACGUGGUCUGGCAUCGUACAGCUUGGAUUCAGAGAUGCCUUGGCUUUCUCGUGUUCCAGAUCCCUUCUAUUAUAUUAGUGACGUCGACAUCCUGCUCAUACCAUGCCCGAACUCUUUCGGAAGCAGAGAAGAACUGCCGCCGUGUUGAUCAUCGAGUAGCCGACAUUCUAUGUCAAUCUGCCGAUAUCGCCAAACCACCGACAUGCAAGUGUCACGCAGUUUGCUCCUGGAAGGCGGUGCAACGCUAUAUAGAGGGUAGAGUAGCCUCAGGAGGACAACCCGGGGCCCCUGUCCGGUAAAAUACUCGUAGUGGCCCACCCUGCUUGGACAAUGGUCGGAGGGGACCUUGGCGAGGUUAUACAAGGUGCUCUACUGAACCGGCGAUAAGUUACGAGAUAACAGUCUAUGCCACGACAGGGAGUUUAUUUGCAUGCGUUGUGCUGCGGCCGGUUUCGUGAUUUGGAGCGCCUAGAUAACACUGUGUUUGUGAGCAGAGGAUAUCGGCCACGGUAGGCAAGGGAAUAGAGGGGACCGUUUGUAAAGUUUAGACUCGCAGCAAGCCUCUCGGUAGUACGUUGGUAGAGGUAGAAGAUAGGAAAUAAAAAAUACCCUUCGG